UGUCACUACAGUAACAGCCCGUUCACGGGAGCAGAAGGUCCUUAUCAUGGUCAUUGUGAUGGUUAUCUGCUUUCUUCUCUGCUGGUUGCCGUAUGGGAUAAUGGCACUGAUUGCUACAUUUGGGCCGCCUGGUUUCAUCACCCCUGCCGCUAGCAUCAUACCUUCUGUACUUGCAAAGAGCAGCACCGUGUACAACCCCAUUAUCUACAUCUUCCUGAACAAGCAGUUCUACAGAUGCUUCAUUGCCCUUCUCCACUGCAGUAGUGUGCCCCAAUCCUCCAGCUUUAAAGGCUCCUCUAAAUCCACCAAGAUCUGCUUGGCAACACGAAAGCCACCAGAUAACAGCACUUUUAAAGGUGCUUCCCCCAAACUUGCAAAUUCAGGAGAGGAUAAAGAAUCCAGCACCAAUGUUGACACCAAUUCAGUCACUGUUUGCCAAAAGGAGACCAAUAAUCAAAUUUGUAAACUUCAACAAAAACUGGUUGUAACUCUAGUGGCUCAUUAUACACCCUGAUACUCUGCUAUAUUAUGGCCGGUAGGUGACUGCUGGGCAGAGGAAACUCACCAUAGCAAGGCUUCCACUCAGAAGAGCCUUACAUCUGAUUGGAUAUGUGUUCAUUUGUACAUUCUUACUUUCUGCUCAUGCGGUUACUGACUCAGGACAUGUACUAUCUCCAAGAAACCUACUGCAACUUGUAGAGAGAUUUUAAUUUAAGAGGAUGGCAAGUGGAUGUAGCCAGGUAAAGUGUAUGAAUAUGCCUCUUGUGAAACUUUCACACAAGUACGCCAAAGCCUAUAGCAGUCAGUAACUCAUUAGUAAUACAAUACCCUGCAUUUGCUAUAUUCUCUCCGACUACAGGGUUUUCAUUUAGCAUUCGACUCGGUAGACUAAACAUCAUUCACAAUGGCUUAUUCGUAUGUUACAGAGAACAUGUUUCGUCAUAUCAAAGCUAAUGUGGUCAACGUUUGAGGAAUGCACCAAUAUUUAUGUAGAGAACAGGAGAUAGCAUGGAUCUUGCAAAAUGUGUCAUAGUUGCCAUCAAUUUAAAAUUGCCUCCCAUGGCGAUCUCUCAGGGAGGCACAUUAUGGGGUUGUCAAGAGGCUGGGGAAUUGUGUCCCCUCUGCACACUUCUCAGUGGGAUGCUGCAGGGGGUAUAUAUAUACAGAGUUGUAUUUGUUUCAUUGUGUGCACAGUUGUAUACACUAAGGAAUAUUUCUGAAAACAGGAACAGAGGAGAUAAGUGGUGUUGGUGUUUUAGAGUCUUACCUUAACAUAUUGGUAAGAACACCAUUCUUCCUUUUUCACACAGUAAAUAUCCCCGAUUGUAUACAGGAAAUGUUGGGAAGUGACUUGUGAAAUACUGACUAGUAUUAGCAAGCAAAAUAUUUGCACAGAUUUUACAGUAUUGUCAUAUUUGCUACAAAAUGUGUAUGUGUACACUCCUGUCUAUUUGUAAUGUACAACGUUCAAACUUGUGCCAUUCAGCAUAUUUGUUAAGCAUACUGUAUGUACCGUGGAUGUGUUUAGAGGUGAUAUAUAAAAUAGUUGUUUGUCUGCCUGUGUAAAUAUAAAAUGUAUAUAUGUCUGUGAGAUAUAGCCAGGGCCGGAUUGGCCAUUGCCUUUACCGGGGAAUACGCUGGCGGGCCGAUCGGGGUCCGGGGCCGCCUGUCAUGAGUGGAACCAUCCCCCUCCACGUCACCUGCAACUUGUGAGUGCCGCGGCCGCUGUCAGGAGAGACAGCCGGCCCGUCAUCCACAUGCUUAUUAGUGAGCCGGGCAGCGGCCGCUGUCAGGAGAGCCGGCCAUACCCCCUCCUCCCUGUCACCUGCUUACUGGUGACCGCUGCGGCCAGCGGCCGCUAUCUAGAGAGCUGGGUCCACCGUAUUGCAGGCGCAGCCGCUUCUCCAAGACUCCUGUUCACAGGAGCUGUACUGCGGGGAGGAUCACCCGGGGGAGGCUUCCUGAUUGCUGCGUCCGCGCUGCUCUGGCGGUAAGUCCCAUCAUGUGGGUGCAUGACUGUGAGAGGCCUCCUGCCCCCCUUGCCAGCACCAGUGUGCCCCAUAUCCUCCCUUCCAGCAUCAGUGUGCCCCCAUCCCCCCUGACAGUGCCAGUGUGACCCCCUAUCUCCCCCUGCCAGUACCAGCUUGCCCCCCCCCUAUCUCCCCCUGACAGCAUUGGAGUGUCCCCAUCUCCCCUCCUGUCAGCAGCAUUGUGUCCCCUCAUCCCCCCCCUGGCCAACAGUGUGCCCCCUCAUCCCCUCCCACUGGCCAGCAGUGUGCCCCCUCAUCCCUCCCCCCGGUAUCAGUGUGCCCCCUCAUCUCUCCC